GUAUUAGGUCAAAGACCACAAUAUAUUGACUCAAGGUCAGUCUGGUAUUUUGACAGAAAAAAACAACAGGAAGUAUUCGUGUAGCCAGCUGGUGGUAAUUGUAGUUGAAUGAGCAGAGCUCACUGUGGCAGUGAAGGACGGACGCCCUGACAGAGAAAUUCGCGGUGGAACUGUUUUCAAUUAAAACUAUUUAUGCCACGACGAGAGAAUUAGCUUACACUGACUGAAAGUAUAGGAAUAUAGUGGACUGGAGAAGCACACUCCUGGUCCUUGAAAAAAUAUUUAAUAAAAGUGUAAAUCCAAGCGACCCGAUAGCUUUCACACAAGGGCGUGUGUGGGUCUCGGGAGCACUGGGUCGCGUUUUAUCCCUUGCAUGUUGUUACUGUAUAUAUUUGAUAUUUUUGCAUCACUUGGGUCCGGAGGAUUUGCUUGAGGAUGGGGUGUACCCUGAGCACGGACGAUAAAGCGGCGGUGGAGCGCAGUAAAAUGAUCGACAGGAAUUUGCGGGACGACGGGGAGAAAGCCGCAAGAGAGGUCAAGCUACUGCUCCUCGGUGCUGGUGAGUCGGGGAAGAGCACAAUAGUCAAGCAGAUGAAGAUCAUCCACGAGGCAGGCUACUCGGAGGAGGAGUGUAAACAGUACAGGGCUGUGGUCUACAGCAACACCAUCCAGUCCAUCAUCGCUGUCAUCAGAGCCAUGGGACGACUCAAGAUCGACUUUGGAGACGCCGCCAGAGCCGAUGAUGCGAGACAGCUGUUUGUGCUGGCGGGGUCGGCAGAGGAAGGCUUCAUGACGGCGGAGCUGGCCGGGGUCAUCAAACGCCUGUGGAAGGACGGAGGGGUACAGGCCUGCUUCAGCCGCUCACGAGAGUACCAGCUCAACGACUCUGCAGCAUAUUACUUAAACGAUUUGGACAGGAUAUCCCAAGCCACCUAUAUCCCGACCCAGCAGGAUGUCCUGAGGACUAGAGUCAAAACCACAGGCAUUGUGGAGACACAUUUCACCUUCAAGGACCUCCACUUCAAGAUGUUUGAUGUUGGAGGUCAGAGGUCCGAGAGGAAGAAGUGGAUCCACUGCUUCGAGGGUGUCACUGCCAUCAUCUUCUGUGUGGCGCUCAGCGACUAUGACCUGGUGCUGGCUGAGGAUGAGGAGAUGAACCGGAUGCACGAGAGCAUGAAGCUGUUUGACUCCAUCUGCAAUAACAAGUGGUUCACAGACACCUCCAUCAUCCUCUUCCUUAACAAGAAAGACCUGUUUGAGGAGAAGAUCAAGAAGAGUCCUCUAACUAUCUGUUACCCAGAAUACGCAGGCUCCAACACAUACGAGGAAGCUGCGGCCUACAUCCAGUGUCAGUUUGAGGACCUGAACAAGAGGAAGGACACCAAGGAGAUCUACACUCACUUCACCUGCGCCACCGACACCAAGAACGUGCAGUUUGUCUUCGACGCCGUCACUGACGUCAUCAUCAAGAACAACCUGAAGGACUGUGGACUCUUCUAAGACCUGGAUUUAAUCGAUGGAAGUUUUCUGGCGGUGAAAAGCCAGCAUAAUGUGCAUUUUCGGGGAGAAGAUCAGGAGAAUCUGAGUGGGGAGAAUCAAUUAUGGACCAUUGCUGUACUGUACUUUAAAUGGAUUUAUUUAUGUUUUUAUCUUGGAACAUUUUGAAUUUGUGUUUAAACAUUUGUGUUUGUUUGUCAUUGUAAAAUCAUUUUCACACUUCUUUUUUGGAAGAAGCUUGUUUUAUUUAGUUUGUUCCUUUUUUAUGCCCUCUGGAAAAGGAAGCUUGUUUUAUUUAGUUUGUUCCUUUUUUAUGCCCUCUGGAAAAGGAAGCUUGUUUUAUUUAGUUUGUUCCUUUUUUAUGCCCUCUGGAAAAGGAAGCUUGCCUUUUGGUGGAAAUAUUCCUUUUCUCCCUCCCCAAUUGUUAGGGGAAAAGGAUUUGAUUUGAGCUCAGUUUGUUGGUACUGUGCCUUUGCAUGUCCUUUUCUCUGCGGUCACUGACCAAAUUGCUAGUUUUUUGCCUGCUAAAAUUGUUCCAACAUAAAAGGUUGAACGUUUCCUUAGGGAUAUUCACAAUCUUUUGUGCACAUUCCCAACCAAUUUAGUGGCGGAAUUCCCCGUGGUCCAAAGGUGUGUUUGUGUGCGUCUCGAUGGUGACCAACGCAGCUCCGCCCACAGGCUGUCCCAUACUGACAAAGGGAUGUGGUUUUUAACAGUACACCAUAUCAAAUGUGUAUCCAAUAUGAACCCGAGCUAGGUCAGGGAGCUUACGUUAUGCUGUGGAAUUAAAGAACAGCUAAACCGGAGAAUAUUUUACUGUAUAUUUUAAGAUUUCUCUAAGGAGAUUUCGGGGACUUGGUCCCUGCGAUCACUGCAGAAUCACAAUUGUAAAGCAAAGUAAAAAUGGAUGGGGAACAAACACAUGGUUAUGGUCUGUAACAAGCCACUGUUUGUGUGUUCUCCAACAGACGGGGAGCCUUUAUACACUCAUUCCCUUAUUUUGCUAAUAAAACCCUUUACAAACCA